CAAAAAAAACCCCCUGCACUACCUUUUUCUAUUUCGUUCAAGUUCCUGUGCCUCUUCUUCUAGGAUUUCCUCAAAUCAAAUAUUCGAUUGGGUUAAAGGUUGAAAUUAUGGUAAAAAUAUUACUUUUUCUUGUUGAUUAUAAGAGGGUUUUCCAUAUUUUUGUCUCCUUUUGUUCUGUUUGAUUUCGUCACUGUUUUACAUUUGUGACAUGCAAAUACAGAGACCAGCAAACAAAAGAGCUCUGGAUGCAGAAGAAGAUGACCAUCUUGAACGAAAAAGGCGUGCUCUUGCUGGUGACCGAAAAGAAAUAGGGGAUGAAGAAGGUCUUUUAUCGCCUCCUUUAGAUGAAGCAUUUGACUUUACAACUCAAAGUGAUCCAGUGGAACUGUCACAGUUCUUUGAAGCCAUGGAAGAUGAUGGAAGUGACUUUGAAAAUGAUAUAUUGGAUGAUGAGGCAACUGAUGCAGUUUGCAAUGCACUAACAAUAGAGUCAUUAGAUGAGGAAGAUAUGGAGGAAUUUAUGGAGCCUAUUACAUGUGAUAAACUAGAGUCAAUAGGCCCAAGUGACAAUGAAGAUCAUGAAUGUUAUGAUAAUUAUGCUGAUUUCACGUCAGAAAAUGCAUUGGAGGGUAACAUUGAAUUAUCAGUUGGCAUGAAAUUUGCUAAUGUUGAUGAAUUUAGAGAAGCUUUGAAAGAAUGGUCAAUAUCUCGUGGGGUUGAAUACAAAUGCAAAAAAUCUGACAGGACAAGGGUAAGAGCUAUUUGUAAGGUAUCCAAAGAUUGUAAGUUCCUAGUGCAUGCAUCAUCGGUGGGAGGAGAAAAUACAUUUCAAAUUAAAUCAUGGAACCCUGACCACACAUGUCCUAGAGAAGCAAAAAAUAACCUCAUUACUUCUGAUUACUUAGGGAAAAAAUUGUUAGAGGAUUUUAGAGCAAAUCCAAAGGAGUCAAUACUAGGAAUGCAGAAUCGAGUAAAUAAGAUUUUGGGUUAUGACAUUGGGUUGCAAAGGUUGUAUAGAGCAAGAAGGAAGGCAAUGAAGAUAAUUUAUAGAGAUCAUGCUCAUCAAUUUGAAGUGUCACGGGCAUAUGGUGAGGCUAUUAUAAAGACCAAUCCUGGAAGUUUAGUUAGGUUAAGUACAGAGCCACAACCUCAUGUGAUGGUUGAUGGGAUAUUUAAAGAAUUUCCUCCCAGAUUUCAGAGAAUGUAUGUUAGUUCAAACUUUUGAAGAUCUUUUGCCAAAUACUGAGCACAGGUUUUGUGUAAAACACUUGUUUGAAAAUUACAAGAAGCAAUUCAAGGGGAAACAAUAUAAAGACUUACUAUGGCAGGCAGCCACUGCGACAACUGAGAACGGAUUUGAUAUUGCUAUGAAGAAGCUGCAAAAGAUUGAUGAUGGGAAAGCAUAUACAUAUUUGAAGCGUUUAGACCCAAGAUGUUGGACACGAUCCCAUUUCAGUUUCAAGGCCAAAACUGAUGUUGUGGUUAAUAAUAUAUCUGAAUCAUUUAAUGCUUACAUCUUGCAAGCUAGAGAAAUGUCGAUAAUUUCAAUGCUUGAAUGGAUUCGGAAGAAGCUAAUGUCACGGUUGCAUGUGAAGAAAACUGGUAUGGAGCAAUAUUCUGGACCAAUAACACCCAAUAUCCAAAAAAGACUCGAAAGUCUUAAAAAUAUAUCAAGAGAAUGUAUUGUUAUACCUGCCUCUGACAGUAAGGUUGAAGUAAUGUGGCAUGAAAAAUCAUUUUCUACUGACAUUAGGGAGAAAUGUUGCAGUUGUAGGGUUUGGGGAUUAACUGGAAUACCUUGUGUCCAUGGGAUUGCAGCAAUUAGAUAUUGGAGGAUGACACCAGAAGACUUUGUUGAUAAGUGUUUCUCGAAGGAAACCUACCUAAAGGUGUAUUCAUCCUCU